UUCAGAGUCUUAGUUUAAAAUUUCGCUGGGAGUGUCAGUUUUAUAUUGAUUCUUUUAUUCACAAUGUGUUUUAGGUGCGAAACAUUACUGCUGUUAGUCGGACCUUACUAAAACCACAACCGGAACCACAAAGACCGAUGCUGAUGUUGUUUUGACAUAAAGGAAAGGUCAGAUUAGACUGACUCUUAUGAAUUGGAAAAAAUAUAAAUCAGAUUGUUUCAAAGAAGAAAUAAAAUGCAUUGAAAACCAGUGACAACUAGUUUGCUUAGGACAUGGUUGCCAUCUGUAUUAUUUGUAUGACUCAUUUGUAUUAUUUUAUGUUUUCUUUUUUUCUAUUGACAACCAGGACACGUAGGAAGUAGUGUGAUUAUGUAUGCGGACGCUAUGGAAGCUGUUAAAAAGCUGCUUUUGGAAGCACUGAAUGAUUUAAGUGAAGAGGUUCUCCCAAAAUUCCAGUGGUACCUGCAGUUUAUACGCUUUCAGAAGGGUCUUCCACAAAUCCCAUUUAGUUUACUGGAGUUUGCAAAAAUGAAAUUUAUUUUGGAUGUGGUCGUUGAGACGUGUGGUCUUCAGUCUUUGGAGGUGACCAGACAAAUUUUCAAGGACAUGCAAAGAGCUGAUCUGGUGCACAAACUGUCAAAGAGCAGCGCGGAGGCAACAGUAGCAGCUGUUAAAGAGCUGCUUUUGGAAACACUGAAGGAUUUGAAUGAAGAGGAUCUGAUGGACUUCAAGUGGUUCCUGCAGUUCAAAUAUUUUCUAAACGACCAACAAAUCCCUUGUUGGCAAUUGAAGAACGCAGGCAGGGAAUUUAUAAAAGAUCUGAUUGUGGAGGUGUGCAGGCAACAGUCUUUGGAGGUCACCACAGAAAUUUUCAGGGACAUGAACAGAAUGGAUCUGGUGCAGAGGCUGUUAGAGAGCAGCUCAGGAUUUAAAGAGAAAGACCAGGUGUAUGAACACUGGCCUGCACUGAUACACAACGUAGAAGAAAUGACAUCUCUUGUUGAACUGCUUUUGGAAACACUGGCUGAUCUGAGUCACAGAGAGCUCAAGGACUUCAAAGGGGUCCUCAGCAGAAAUUAUUUUUCAGUGAUGCCAUGGAGCCUGUUGAAGGUGGCAGACCAGCAGGACGUAGUGUUUUUCAUGGUGCAGACUUUCGGCCAACAGUCAAUACCAGAAAUCAUGGAGUGUUUGAAGGAGAUGAAGAGGACUGAUCUGGCUCAGAGGCUGUCAGACUGCAGCUCAGAACCCAAAACAGAAAAAUAUGUGGAUGAACAUCUGUCUCCAAUGAUCCACAAU